CUUUGCAUUUCUUAAGAAGUGAUUCAAACUUUUCAGAAGCUGGUUCUGAAGGUUUUAAUUUGAUGGCCACAUUUGCAGGGCUCUCAACCUCUGCUGGAAGGGACUGCCGUAAGAUUGAAAAAUUGGUGAGCAGCAUGUUUUGCCCACUGAAACUCAUCCUGAUGCCAGUGUUACUGGAUUAUUCCUUGGGCCUGAAUGACUUGAUUGUUUCCUCCCUUGAGCUAACAGUCCGUGUGGGUGAUUCAGCCCUGCUGGGAUGUGUUUUCCAGAGCACAGAAGAGAAGCGUGUGACCAAGGUAGACUGGAUGUUCUCAUCAGGAGAGCACGCCAAGGAUGAUUAUGUGCUGUACUAUUAUGCCAACCUCAGUGUGCCUGUGGGGCGCUUCAAGAAUCGUGUACGCUUGGUGGGGGACAUCUUACGCAAUGAUGGUUCUCUCCUGCUCCAAAAUGUGGAAGAAGCUGACCAGGGAACCUAUACCUGCGAAAUCCGGCUGGAAAGGGAGAGCCUAGUGUUCAAAAAAGCCGUGGUGCUGCAUGUACUACUGGAGGAACCCAAAGAGCUCAUGGUCCAUGUAGGUGACUCGACUCAGCUGGGGUGUGUUUUCCAGAGCACAGAAGAGAAACGCAUGACCAAGGUAGACUGGAUGUUCUCAUCAGGAGAGCACGCCAAGGAGGAGGUUGUGUUACGUUAUUACCCCAAAAUCAGUGUCCCUGUGGGGUACUCCGAGAACUGGGGCCGCUUCCAGAACCGUGUAACCCUGGUGGGGGACACUUCCCACAAUGAUGCAUCUAUCUUGCUGCAAGGAGUGAAGGAGUCUGACAGAGGAAGCUACACCUGUAGUAUCCACCUGGGGAACCUGACCUUCAGGAAAACUACUGCGCUGCACGUGAUCGUGAAAGAGCCCCGAACAUUGGUGACCCCAGUAGCCCUCAGACCUGAGAUCCUGGGUGGUAAUCAGGUGGUGGUCAUUGUGGGGAUUGUCUGUGGCACUAUCCUGCUGCUUCCUGUUCUGAUAUUGAUCGUGAAGAGGACCCACAGGAAUAAGAGGUACAGGGCUGGGUUGGGAGGCUGGUGGUGCCUCGAACCUGAAGUGGAAGAGUGA